AUGGCCCGCAUCAGCAUUCCUCUCGACGCCUUGACGUCCCGCCUCAACCUUUCCGAUCGCUUCAGCAGCGUCCGCAAUCAGCCUCUUGCGGCUCGAUUCGCCAACAUCAAGCCCAUCUCCGAGUUCUUGGAUAUCAAGAGACUGUCAAAGCCCAACAACUUCGCUGAAGUCCAGACCAGAGUCAACUACAACCUGAGCUACUUUUCCAGCAACUAUGCGGCUGUCUUUGUCAUGCUCAGUAUCUACAGCCUCCUCACUAAUCUGUGGCUCCUUUUCGACAUCAUCCUCGUAGUUGGUGGCAUGUGGGCGAUUGGCAAGUUGCAAGGCGGAGAUCUUGAACUCGGCACUCUCCGUGCUACUACUUCACAACUCUACACCGGUUUGGCCUGCGUUGCCGUUCCAAUCGCAUUCAUUGCUUCCCCUAUCGGCACAUUUUUGUGGCUGAUCGGCGCGACCGGCGUGACCAUUCUCGGUCAUGCUUCGCUCAUGGAUAGACCUAUCGAGAAUGCUUUUUCCGAGGAGGCGGUCUAG